UAUUUUUUUACUCUUUCUUUUUCUGUUUACUGACUUUUGAUCGUUGUUUUCCAACUUCUAUGGCUUCUUCUUCUUCUUCUUCUUCUUUUUAAUGUUUCAAUUCUCUGGUUCUUCAUUUCCAGCAACCAAUUCUGUUUUUCAUUGUUUUGCAGCAAUCAAUUGUUUCUCUGAUCGUAAUCAUUGCUUUUUUUAUUCAUCUCAUUUUUUUUGAAUUACUAAUUAUUCAUCUCAAUGCUUAGUUUUUGUUCACGCAUCUGCAAGAAUUAAACUUUUCUUUUCCCUUGUUUUUUCUUUUUUGUUUCUUUCUUUUUACGGUUGAUUUGGGUGGAGAUCCUUUAGGCUUAUUUGAGUCUAUAUUUUUUGGUUUCCCAGAAAAGGAACAAACUUUGGAUUAGUAUCAAGCUAUGGCUUAUUCAUGUGCUAUAUAGUUGUUUGUAGGAUUGCUGCAACCAACCAUUUUUGCUGAAUUCUCUGUGUUUUCCCUUCAUGUCAAUACUCAAUUGCCAAAUGGUAACUCCGGUUCUAAAGAAAGUGGGAAAAUAUAGUGGCAAUGGUGUGAAUAGGCUGUUUGGCGACAUGGCUAGUUUUCUGAGGAGAUGCUUAUUUAGAGUUCUAUCUAUGGGUCCCAUCCCCACUCACUUUGCUUUUAUAAUGGAUGGAAACCGAAGGUAUGCAAAGAAGCUGAAUCUGGAAGAAGGGGAUGGCCAUAAGGCUGGCUAUCUCGCUCUAAUGUCUGUGCUACUUUACUGCUAUGAAUUAGGAAUCAAGUAUGUUACCGUCUAUGCCUUCAGCAUUGAAAAUUUUAAGAGGCGGCCUGAUGAGGUUCAAAGCUUAAUGGAUCUAAUGCUAGAGAAGAUUGAGGCUUUGCUUAUGGAAGAAAGCAUUGUGAAUCAGUAUGGUAUCAGGGUGUAUUUUAUAGGUAAUCUGAAACUCUUGAGUGAGCCUGUCAGGGCUGCGGCAGAAAAGGUGAUGAGUGUCACUGCUAACAACAAUAAGGCUGUGCUUUUAGUCUGUGUGGCCUAUACUUCGUCCGAUGAAAUUGUGCAUGCUGUCGAGGAAUCCUGUAAAGAUAAAAGGAGCGAAAUUCGACUGUGGAAUUCAAGUGAAACUAACAAUGGUGAGAUAGAAGACGUAAAAGAGGUUAAGAAGACUAAUUGUAUGAUCGUGCAUGAUAUUCAAAAUUUGUGCGAUGAUAGAUCAGCUGAGUCUCAAGGAUUAAAGUCCAGUAGAGGUUGCAAUGGGGUGAUCGGAGGAUUUCAGAGGGAAAACGGUUUUGAUUCUAGGUGGGAUGAAGUUCUAACCUCCAAGGCAAGUAGAACUGGCGAAUUUUCUGGUAUGGAGGUUGAAGGUUGUGAGAAUUUGAGAGAGAAGCAUCCUGUAAUAAAGCUGGUAGAUGUUGAGAAGCACAUGUAUAUGGCAGUAGCACCUGAUCCUGACAUACUAAUUCGAAGCUCUGGUGAGACCCGCCUAAGCAAUUUUCUACUGUGGCAAACCAGUUACUGCCCAUUGUAUUAUCCUGCUGCAUUGUGGCCAGAGAUUGGUUUGUGGCAGUUGACGUGGGCGAUAUUAAACUUCCAACGAACCCACUCUUAUUUGGAGAAAAAGAAGCAGUUAAAGCAUUUAUGAUACUAAAGAAAAUAGUCUUUUCUAGUGCACUGCUCCUUCGACCAUGAGGGCACUUCAUGUUCUGUAGUUACUUUGGCCUUCUUAUCUCAUCAUUUGUAUUCUCAUGCCUUGGCAUUCAAAUUUUGGAUGGAAUUUCUCAAUAUAGGAUCUACUUGAGCACACGAUAUUAUGAUGUUAUUAAGUAUUAUGAAUUUGUGCAUUUCAUUAAGAAUGCCAAUUAUCUCUUCGAUAAAGAAAACCGAUUUUGCCAAUGGCCAAGCUCUUCGGCCGAUUUUGUCCUUGACAAGGCAGUUCUCCUUCACUU